UAUUGUCCUUAGAAACAAAUUCUUCCCUAUAAAACUAGUUAGCCUUCUUCACAAUUCACAUCUUUCCCAUCAACGCACACUUUUGGUAGAAUCACACACAAAAGGUUAAAAAAAAAAAAGUCUAAAGGAAUCUGCAAAAUAAAAAUCCUCAACAAGUUCUUUUGCUUUGAACAAGAUUUGGAGCAAGAGGAAACAUACUUGAGCAUUCUUCAGGUUGUGAAAUUAUAUAUAACUUGCUAAGCAAUGGAAAAGAGAGUGAAUUACGAGAAUGAUCUCAACCUCGGGGCAACGGAGCUCAGAUUGGGAUUGCCCGGAAGUGAUGAAACUGAGAGACAAUGGACUCAUAGUAUCAGAAAUAAUAAGAGAACUUCACUUGAGAUUUCUGAAGAGUCAAGGUCCAAGAGCAGUUCUGGGGCGACAGCGGCUGGAGAUGAUGAUCACCAAGACAGUACUCCUUCAGCCAAGGUACAAGCUGUAGGAUGGCCACCAAUCCGAUCUUACAGGAAAAAUUGUUUACACACCAAGAAAAAUGAGGUUGAAGGGGCAGGUAAGUAUGUCAAAGUUAGCGUUGAUGGAGCUCCUUAUCUCAGAAAGAUCGACCUCAAGGUUUACAGAAGCUACCCUGAGCUUCUCAAGGCUUUGGAAAACAUGUUCAAGCUCACCAUUGGUGCAUACUCAGUGAGAGAAGGCUACAAUGGAUCUGACUAUGCUCCAACUUAUGAAGACAAAGAUGGUGACUGGAUGCUUGUUGGAGAUGUUCCCUGGGAAAUGUUCAUCUCCUCCUGCAAGAGACUGAGAAUCAUAAAAGGGUCAGAAGCCAGAGGCUUGGGAUGUGUAUGAAACACCCACAAAUUAAGAAUUGUUUAACAAGAAGGGAAUUUUCUUUGGCUUGGAUUAUCUAAAUUCCAGAAGGAAGAUCAAUUUGCUCUUCCUGAGAAGGGAGAGGCUAUUUGCUAGAGGAAAUUUUGCGUAGAUUGACAAGUUCACCUCUUUUUUCCUUUUCUUUUUGUUUUCCAUAUGAACGGAUGAACCAUUGGCUUCCUCCAUUUCAAAUUAUCUAUAGUUCUUUAUAAAGAAUAUAGCACAAAAUCAAAAGGCAGGAAAAAAUAUAGAAUACUUAGAUGAGAUCCAACCGUACAAAGGAAAUACUAUUGCUUUACCGUUUUUCCAGGAUAAGCAUAUGUUGCAAGAAGAUUAAAUGAAAGGUAAGAACUAUAUAUAUUUAUGUCUACAGUUUUGUAUGUAUUAUUUUGAUUUAGAAGUUUAAAACAAAUAACAAUGAUAAAUAUCUUUCGAUAUUUCCAAAUACGAUUUCAGGGAAACGAUAUCAAAUCUAGAUUUGUUCCCAAUUCAACCUGUUUUUUCCCGUUUUCACAUUGCAAACUUGAGAUAGAUGGUGUCGGAAUCGAAACUUGAAAGAAGAAUUCGAGGGCUGAAGUUUCAUUCAGCUGUGGGAAAUAUUAUUUCUGGAAUGAAACCUCAUAUAAAGUUCAUAACAGAAGCAUAACUUUUAGUAAAAUUACAUGGCAUAUCUUUAAAACCUGUUUAGGUUUAAUUGACUUAAGUCUUUUAACCCCUAAAGGGUUCUGUUUCAUUUGAAAAAUGGUUAAAAUUUUUGGGAUGGACUAACAAGAAACCCUUACUUUCACAUAUGCUAGGGUUUCUUUCCUGAUCAUGACACAGAGAUUUCGUAAUCGGAGAGAAAUGCCGUGGUCAAUAGAAUUCCUUAAAAUUACCGUAGAAUUUCAGAUCUGUUACUAAGCAACAUUCUACAGCAGCUGAAGAAGGUGAAGAAGGAAAGUGAAGAAAGAAAGGAAAUCCCAUGUUUAACACAAAUUAAAAGCAAUCCAUCGAUUAGCCAAAAGAAGAAAAUAUUUAUAGAGUACUAGAUUGCUUAGAAUUUAGAAUGGCGUGGC